GCAUUGUUGUGGAUCCAUCAGAUGUUUCAAAUGUCACUUGGGUUGUUCCACAGGGAUCUCUGCAAAUAAGUUAUGUUUAAGUAAAACUUAUAGAGAAUUGAGCUCGAAGAUGCAGAACGUUAUUCCGGAUCAGCACGCGUUUCCUCCGGAACUGUGCGCGAAACCUCUGUCUUUGGUUGGGAUAAGUGGGUUGGAUACUAGGAACAAUGCCACCCACAAAAGUAUUUGGGAUGUUUUUGGUAAUACGAAGACUGAUGUUUCUGGACUCAACUAUAAACUCAUUGAUAAUGCUUAUGAGUUUCCUGUGGUCAAGCCGAAGAGGAAUUCAUAUGAAUGGUACAUUCCUAAAGGGAUCUUGAAGAAGAAUUGGAUGGAGAAACAUCUCAAUAAGAUACCUGCUGUUAUGGUCAUUUUCUAUGAUCUGGAUUGGAAUGAUCCUCAGUGGAAUGAGAAGAUGAUUGAGUGUGCUUCAAGAGUGCAGAGCAUUCGUGUUGCAUUGGAAGGAAGGAAUACAAAGUUAUCAGUGGUUCUGAUACAGAAUCACAGCGUUAACCCAGGAGACGACGAUUCCCAUCAAACAGAGAGGGUGAACGCUCUUUGCACCAGCUGCGAAUUGAACCCGAACUCGCUCUUCGUCCUUCCACAUGGAGAUCAUCUUCAAGGAUACGCAACACGUCUGGCCGGUGCCUUCAACGAUUUGGCACAGAACUAUUACCACACCGAGAUUAGAAACGUGAAAAGUCACAGGGAGCAUCUGCAGAAGCAGACGCAUCAAUACCUCUUCGUUCGUCAUCAGUUCAAGAUGGGAUUCCUGAGCGAGCUGAAGCAGGAUUUGCAUGGAGCUCACAAACAUUACACGCACGCCUACAACAAUUUACUGGAGAUUAGAAUCGUGGAUACGAACGCUAUGGAGAUCAGGACCGUCGCAGGAUUUAUUAAUUACAAGCUUUGCAGGCUGAUGUUCUCUUUGAAUUUACCGAGGGAUGCAAUUUCGCAGUUCAAAGCGCACACGGAACGCUUCAAGACGCGCUACGGUUUUCAGGAGUUGUCCUUCGAGCAUCACGCGUGGAUGGCUUUGCAGAAUCAAGUAUUUGGGGAUAUCUUCGACGAGGCUGUUAAGCUCGGUCUUCCGGCCGUGCAGACGCAGCAUCCUGGUCUUUACUACCAACAAGCCGUUCAUCAUGCUACACUAAGAAAGAAGGCGUGUGAGGAUUUAUGUAAGGGCUCAAAUGUAUAUCCGCUUCCUGAUCCGCUCGAAGGUAUCGCAACAAUGGACUUUUACGGUCAAAGACCGUGGAGACCCGGCAAGAUGACGUCCGAUCCUCCGGAUCCUCAGGUCGAAUGGAACGGUAUCAAAGCGCUACAGUUCUUGGAGAAUCAAGUGAAUCAUUCGAUCAUUAUCAUAACGCUGUACGGACUCGCUGUUGCCCAGUUCAAGACGUACAGAUGUCCAAGAACUAGACGAUUUUUGGUUGUCCAGAUGGCCGAUGAAUACUACAAUUCCGGAGACUACGGCAAAGCAUUAACAUUGUUUUCUCAUAUGCUAUGGGAUUAUCGUUCCGAAUGCUGGUGGUCGUUGCUUUCACACAUCCUGUACAAAGCUCUGCAGUGCGCCUUCCUCACGGCUCGCAUCGACGAUUACGUGAUCUUCACCUUGGAACUCCUCGGCAGUAAAUCCACGCUACCCAAAUCGCAAAAGCUUCAGAUCUUCGAAAACCUGAACAGCGUCUUCCGCAAACAAUGCCCGGAAGCAAUCGUAAUCCUUCCUGAGAUCAAGAAAUCGCGCGUUCUCUGGAAAAACCUCCUCGGCGAAGCACCGCAAACGUACAAGUUGGAAAUGAACAACAUCGUUUCGUGCCUCGAUUGCAAGGUGAGAUUUCAGGAAGAGAAGUACCAAGUCGAUGGACUCGUGAUCAUCGAGAUACUCGUUCGGAAUUCGUCCGAUUUUCAAAUCACUCUUCUCGGUAUUUCCAUCUCGUUGGAAAACUACGUUAAAAACACGGAGAUUUGCGUGGAGACUACUACAAAUCAGGACUUUUGCUUCGCCGCCGGUCAAGUGAAACGCUUCAUCAUCGAGUAUAAACCGAAUCCGGCGGAUAUUAAUAAAGAGUUGGAGAUCUCUUCGGUUCAUCUGUACUUGGGUCACAUGCAAAAUCCGCUCUUCGAUUUGCAGUUUAAUGGUUUGGGGAACGAUAUUAAAUCUAUUCCAAUGGAAUUGGUGCAUUUCCGCAACUGCGAGUCGAUCGAUUUCGAUAACAUCAAAGCUUUGCUGAAGUGCAGCGUCGUUCCAAGACAUUCCAAAUUGGCGAUGCAUUUCGAGCACGCAAAACCAGCUUUAGUUGGAGAAUGGUAUAAGAUUAGGAUUAAUCUUGCUGAUUCCCGGGAUUAUCAGGUCAACAAUUUGAUCUUCGAGAUCAGCCUUCAAGAUGAUGAUGUAUCAGAUACAACGGAAUUCAAGCAGAUGAGCUUGGAUAAUGAAUUGGAGAAACUUCCUAUCAAGGUGAGUCUAGGCGAUAUUAGUCCUAGCGAUCAAUGCGUUACUGUUCUCUACAUGAGAGCCUUCACCACCGGCGAGAGGAAUUUGCAAGUCAAUGUUUCCUUUAAUCUACACAACGACGAUCUUAUACCAAGUUCCAUGGAGGAAUUCAUUCACGUCUCAGUCGUAAAACCCUUCGAUUUCUCCACGAAGAUCCUCACCACGCACUUCGAAGAGCUGAUCAAGCAUUACGUCGAUGAGACUUUCGUUAUUAUGCCAAUCAUAAAUUGUCUUUCACCGUGGCCUUUGGUUAUUGAGAACACCGAAUUAGAUUAUCAUGAUAACGUUCAUAACGAGGAUGUGAGCAUAUCUAGUCAGCUGAUUGGAUGCGAGGUGUCCAAUGGGGAAACCGCUUCAGAGAUUUACAUGGCCAAUACCAGCAAAGUUAGCGAUUCACCAAUCCUGAUUGGUAACUACACCAUACAUUGGAAACGUGCGAAUGGCGAGAGUACGAUCACGAAGAUACCCAUCAACGGAUUGAUCGUCGAUUUCAUCCCUCUGGACCUGAGCGUAUCUCUUCCAGCUUACGGAUUGGUCCGGACUCCUCUUCUGGUCGAAUACCAGCUGAAGAACAAAUCGCAUCAUCUCAUCCAACUGGACGUGAGCGUCGAAGGAAGCGAGGCUUUCAUGUUUGCCGGUCACAAGCAGUUCCAGACGACGAUUUUACCAGGCGACAGGAGGAAGCUCAAGUACAACCUGUAUCCGUUAAUAGCGGGCAGUGUGUCAUUGCCUAGGCUAGUCCUGAGCGUGCCUGAAAAUAGUACAGACGGCCCAUCUUUAAGACAAGAGCACUUGAAUUCCUUGCUGCACCGGUCCUUGCCCACGCACAUUUACGUAAUGCCGCAAAUGAAGGGACAGCCAGAAUUAACGAACGUAAUUAAAAGAUGCGAAAUGAUUAAUUUGAAUUGAAAGGAUUCCGAAGACGCAAGAACUUUUGAAGGCAUUCAAUUUUUGGUAGAGGUAAUUGUAUGAAGAAUUGCGAAAUGAUUAAUUCGAACUAACUUUUGCGGAGAGAAGGGAUCAAAUAUUAUUUUUUUUGGGUAGAUGUAUUUGCAGACUAGACAGGAGAGCGGAGAGAGAGAGUCACGGAGAGGCGCGUGUAAUUUCAUAAUAAUUUUCUAAAAAUGUAUUUGGCUGGGGAUUUGGCUCUCGCACGACCAGACCUUUUCAUUUAUUUAUUUCCUUCUACUCAGGUUUUUUUUUCCCUCUUCUUUGCUCUCUCGUCUGUAAUUCGUACUACUUCUCUGAAUCGUCGAUGAUUCACACUCAUUUAGGGUCCGAGAUUGUUCAGGGAUAAACAAAAAUAUACAUGUAUAUUAUCUAACUCUGCCGUUUAUUCAUCCUCAGAAAAGACAAAAUCCAUUACCGUUUCUUUGUCCUAUUUCUUCAUUUUACAUUUUUAUUGUAAUAAAAGUUCGUGGUUUUAUCGUUAAAUUAUCAUUACUAUUUAUUCAUCCUCUACAAUUACAAGAC